AUGUCUCCUUCACAAUUAUGGAAACAGUCGAUAUGCCAAGGCGAAAUUGAAAAUGGAAGAGAGCAAGAGAGAAAGAUCAAGAAGAACUUAGAAACUGCAUGGUCAAGCACAGGAGUCAGCAAGAUGGCCCUUGGGUUUCUAACAUUCUCCAAUCUCUUCAAUGUACUCUGCCUGGCUGUCCUUCUUCAUUUGGCUCUUGCUGCAGACAUUAACAGGGGCCAGAGAAAAAUAGUCCAUGUUCAAGAGGGUGAGACUGGUGAAGUGAUUGUACAGACAGCUCCAGGUAUAGUGACCACACACCGAGGUGGUUCCAUUAUACUUCCAUGUCGCUACCACUAUGAACACUCUGGAGAGGAUCCUUCACCAGUACGCAUUAAGUGGUCCAAGAUCAGCGAUCCUUCAACUUUCACUGAUGUGUUUGUGGCUCUGGGGAAGGAAAGCAGAAGAUUUGGAUCCUACAAGAACCGUGUGGCUCUUCAAGAAUAUGACCCAGGCGACGCUUCACUGAUCAUCCACAAUAUUACUCUAGAUGAUUAUGGAAGGUAUGAGUGUGAGGUAACCAAUGAGUUAGAAGAUGACACAGGAACAGUAAAACUGGAUUUAGAAGGUGUGAUUUUCCCUUACUAUCCACGAAUGGGGCGAUAUAAAAUGAACUUUCAUGACGCAGGGCAGGCUUGUAAGCAGCAGGAUGGAAUUCUUGCAUCGUAUGACCAACUUCAUGAGGCCUGGCUUAAUGGGCUUGACUGGUGCAAUGCAGGCUGGUUGCAAGAUGGCUCAGUGCAGUAUCCAAUCUCCAAACCUCGUGAAGAAUGUGGAAAAAAAGACACUCCUACUGGAGUUAGAAACUAUGGCUACAGACAUAAGGCUGAUGAGCGUUAUGAUGCCUUCUGUUUUACAUCGAAUCUUAAUGGUAAAGUUUAUUUCCUGAAGACCUUUCACAAGAUGAGUUUCCCAGAGGCAGCUAAAGCCUGUGAGAAGAAUGGUGAUAGUUUAGCCAAAGUUGGUCAGCUUUAUGCAGCCUGGAAACUGCAGCUUUUGGACAGAUGUGAAGCUGGAUGGCUUAGUGAUGGCAGUGUCCGCUACCCUAUUGUAAAUCCACGGCAAAGGUGUGGAGGAGCAGAGCCUGGGGUGAGGAACCUAGGGUUUCCUAGUAAAAAGUAUAAAUUAUUUGGGGUCUACUGCUUUAGGGGAAAAGACGAAGCAAAUGAGAAUGAAGUAACAGAAAAGAUCAUGGAUGGGAUCAACCAAUGGAAGUCUAAUCACGUGUAG